UAAAGCAGUCUCUGAUUCAUGUAACUUCAGAUCAGUUGACUUUGCUCCCAGGACUAAGGCAACUUUCAUUCUAAAAGAAAAUGCUCUUUAAUUUGCGGAACCUGCUCAAUGCUGCAACUUUAAGAAAUGGCAGCAAGCAACUGGUGCAACAUUUUCGGUCUGGGCAACCAACUCAAACUAAUAUUAAUCUGAAAGGUCGUGACCUCCUAACUCUGCAAAGUUACACAGCGGAAGAAAUAAAGUAUUUGCUAUGGACGGCAUCAGAUUUGAAACAAAGAAUAAAGGACAAGGGAGAGUAUUUGCCUUUGUUGCAAGGAAAAUCUUUAGCCAUGAUUUUUGAGAAAAGAAGUACCCGAACAAGAUUAUCCACUGAAACAGGGUUUGCUCUCCUUGGGGGACAUCCUUGUUUCCUUACAACCCAGGACAUACAUUUGGGUGUUAACGAGAGUCUCACAGAUACAGCACGGGUGCUGUCUAGCAUGACAAAUGCAGUCUUGGCCAGAGUUUAUAAACAAUCUGAUCUGGACCUGUUGGCGAAAGAAGCCUCAAUCCCAAUAGUCAAUGGAUUGUCUGAUUCAUACCAUCCUAUCCAGAUUUUAGCUGAUUACCUUACACUCCAGGAACACUAUGGCUAUCUGAAGGGGCUCACAAUAAGCUGGAUUGGUGAUGGAAACAAUGUCCUGAAUUCCAUCCUGAUGAGUGCUGCUAAAUUUGGGAUGCAUCUGCGUGUUGCUACUCCAAAGGGCUUUGAACCGGACCCCAACAUCGUUAAAGUAGCUGAAGAGUACUCCAAAGAGUAUAGCACCAAAUUGUUUUUCACGACUGAUCCCUUGGAAGCUGCAAGUGGAGCCAAUGUCCUAGUUACAGACACAUGGAUAAGCAUGGGACAAGAAGAGGAGAAGGCAAAGCGAUUGAAGGCUUUCCAAGGUUACCAGAUCACAAUGCAGACUGGAAAACAUGCGGCCUCUGACUGGACCUUUUUACACUGUUUACCAAGAAAGCCAGAAGAAGUUAAUGAUGAAGUAUUUUAUUCUCCACGAUCACUAGCUUUCCAGGAGGCUGAAAACAGAAAAUGGACAAUUAUGGCUGUCAUGGUUUCCCUGCUGACAGAUUACUCACCACAGCUGCAAAAACCUACAUUUUGAUGCUUGGGUUCCUGCCAAGAGAAAAUAUUCCUCACCAGCAGAAUAUUCCGGUCUGCAAAUAUAUAGCUGUCUUUCAUAUAGGAUCAAAGCAAUGAAUGAUUCCUUAAUAAAACUGCAUAGGUUGGCUCCACUGAACUGUAUAAUAUUGCUUUGUACUCAUGAAAACCUUGGAGACGAUGUGAAUUAAACAGUGCAGCAUUGCAAUCCUAA